CUGGUGAUAAGCGGUUGGUUGAUUUUAUUUUGUUUUUAUCGCGAAAUGUGUAAUGAUUAAAAAUAAAUGCAAUAUCCGAGAGUAAACAACAGUGAUAAAGCGUGAAAUGUGUCAGCUGGCUACAGCAGCACCGCUUCCAUAGAACUGUCAAGGCCAUGGAGCAUUGACUUGAGGCACAGUUCGAGCAAGAGCAAGAGCAAGAGCCCAAAGCACAACGCAGCACAGCACAAACAGAGAACUUCCCCGUGAGGCUCCUCGGCACCUCCAUCAUGUUGGAGCCAACGCUGACGCCAGAGCUGGAGGAUGUGGAUGGCACGUGCCUGGUGGCGGCAGCCAUUGCCGGCCUCAGCAUAGACGAUGUGCCAGAACGUAAGCCCCACUUCCUGGACUACGAUGCAGUGCCGCCGCCCGACUACGAGGAUGGUUUCGGAGCGGCUGCUGGCGAGCAGCUGAAAAUGGACAAGAAGUACGAGCGGGAUGGAGAGAUCAGUGACUACGAGCUGGCCGCCAGCGGAUACACCAAGAAGGAGUUCACGCAGGACGACAACACGCUCAAUUUCACACAGAACGGCGUCGGAGCAGUUGGUGUGGUGGGCAAGAAGCCGGGAGCAAAGCAUUUCCUGGAUGAGAAUCCCAUACCGCCGGACUACAUGCUGGCCCAAGAGCUGCGCGAGAUGCGGGAGCAUCGCAGUCUGGACAGGAACUUUGAGCGCAAGUCCGCACAGCAGCAGCAGCUGGAGGAGCUGCCACAGCGGAACGGUGGCUCGCCGGCCAGCUCGGGGCGGGCCUCGCGCAGCAAGGAGCCUUCCUAUACGCUAUCGCGCUUCCUCGACGGCGACAAUCCAACGCCGCCGCGUCUGCCCAAAGGAGCCGCCUGGACGACAAGCUUCGACGAGCGCUAUGGCACGGCAGCAGCUGCCGCUGUGGAUGCCACACUGGGCUCCAAGGUGGAGUGUGUCUACUCGCUGCUCUCGAUGCUGGGCUCCAACGAUCCCCUGGAGAUGGCCAAAAAGUUUCUGGAGCUGUCGGGCAAUGCCCAGAGCUGUGCCACGCUGCGCCGCUCCGGCUGCAUGCCGCUGCUCGUGCAGAUGAUGCAUGCCCCCGACAACGACCUGGAGGUGAGGAAAUGCGCCAGCCAGGCCCUGCACAAUGUGGUGCACACGCAUCCGGACGAGAAGUCCGGUCGGAGGGAGGCCAAGGUGUUGCGCCUGCUCGACCAGAUCCUCGACUACUGCGCCUUCCUGAAGACCCUGCUCCAGAGCGGCGGCGAGGCCAUAGCCGAUGACUCGGACAGGCAUCCGCUGGCCGCGAUCUCCUCCCUGAUGAAGAUCAGCUUCGACGAGGAUCAUCGCCAUGCCAUGUGCGCCCUGGGGGCCCUGCAUGCCAUUCCGAAUCUGGUCCACCUGGACCAUGCGGCCCAUGGGCCCAAGCCCGAGGAUCAGUGCUGCAAUUCGCUGCGUCGCUACGCCCUGAUGGCCCUCACCAAUCUCACCUUCGGGGAUGAGAACAACAAGGCUUUGCUCUGCGGCCAGAAGCAGUUCAUGGAGGCGCUGGUGGCCCAGCUGGACUCGGCGCCCGACGAUCUCCUCCAGGUGACGGCCAGUGUGCUGCGCAAUCUCUCCUGGCGGGCGGACAGCAACAUGAAGGCGGUGCUCAACGAGAUUGGCACGGUGACGGCCCUGGCCCUGGCGGCCAUGCGUAACAAGAGCGAGAACACCCUGAAGGCCAUACUCUCGGCCCUCUGGAAUCUCUCCGCCCACUGCAGCACCAACAAGGCAGAGUUCUGUGCCGUGGACGGUGCCCUGGCCUUCCUCGUGGGCAUGCUCAGCUACGAGGGACCCAGCAAGACCCUAAAAAUCAUCGAGAAUGCGGGCGGCAUACUCCGGAAUGUCUCCAGCCACAUUGCCGUCUGUGAGCCGUAUCGGCAGGUGCUGCGCCAGCACAACUGUCUGGCCAUUCUCCUGCAGCAGCUGAAGUCCGAGAGCCUGACGGUCGUCAGCAACUCCUGCGGCACGCUGUGGAAUCUGUCGGCCCGCUGCCCGGAGGACCAGAAGUUCCUGUGGGACAAUGGGGCGGUGCCGAUGCUGCGCUCCCUCAUCCACUCGAAGCAUGCCAUGAUCUCGGAGGGCAGCUCCUCGGCCCUCAAGAACCUGCUGAACUUUCGUCCGGCGGUGCAGAAUCAGCAUCAGCUGGAUCCCAUUGCCCGUUCGAUGGGAUUGAAGGCGCUGCCCACGCUGGAGGCACGCAAGGCCAAGGCCCUGCAGCAGGAGCUGGGCGAGCGCCACUCCGAGACGUGCGACAAUCUGGACUCGGGGGGCAAGCGAGCCUCCAGUUCGUCGCGGCGACACCCGGCUGUGCCACGCCUCACCCGAUCCACGAUGCUCACGAAGAGCGAGAGCCGCGAUUCGGUUUACUCGGCCAAAUCGGACUCUGCCUACGAGCAUCUGAUGCGUUCCGCUUCGGCUUCGGAUGCCCAGCGCAAGGGACAGCCGAAGAUAACAGACUUUGAGCUGGAAAUGGAGCAGGAUGCAGAGGCCACCGAGGAGCAGCCCAUCGACUACUCGGCCAAGUACAGCGAGAGCGCCACCAAGACACUCGCCGGCACAUCGACAUAUCAGGAGACGGACCUCGAUCAGCCGACAGACUUCAGUCUGCGCUACGCCGAGAAUCAGCUGGAGGCCGACCUUCUGGACAUAUCAGCAAAGAGCACAGCAACGAAGACGACAGCGACGCCCGUGAAGGCCGAGGGACAGGAGAUACUGCUCAUCCUGGACGAUAGUGUCAAGUGCUAUCAAACCGAGGACACGCCGUAUGUGAUCUCCAAUGCGGCAUCUGUCACGGAUCUGCGGCUGGCGGCCAAGACUGAAGUCGAAUCGGAGGUAAAGCCGGAAGUCAAGGCCGCUGCUUGUGCCGCUGCCUCUGCUGCGCCCAAGAAGCUACCAAAGCUGUCGCAGUGCAGUGGCUCCGGUUCGUAUACACCGGAGAAGCCCAUCAACUACUGCGAGGAGGGUACACCCGGCUACUUUAGUCGCUACGAUUCACUCAGCAGUCUGGAUGAGUCGGGCAUCAAGGCCAUGCAGCUGGCAGCUGGUCCGCUCGUUGCAGAAACGAAAGCAAAGCCUGUGCAGCAGCUACUGCCAGAGGAGGAGGAGGAGCAGCAGCACCAGCAAGUGGAGGAGGAGGAGGUGCUGGUGAAGCCCUCCUCUGCCUUGGAAACCCCACUGAUGUUCUCGCGCCGCAGCUCCAUGGAUUCCCUUGUGCACGAUCCCGAUGUGGAUGUGGCCAACUGCGACGACAAAAGUUCGGUGGUCAGUGAAUUCAGUCGACUGGCGAGUGGCGUCAUUUCACCAUCGGAACUGCCAGACUCGCCCACUCAGAGCAUGCCGCAGUCUCCCAGGCGCAACAGUAUGAACAGACAGUCUCCUGGUCCCCCUGUAGCGGCCAGCAUGCGUCCCCUCCGCAGCGUCUUUGAGGAUGAUUUGAGCAGCUUCAAUGUGGAGCACACACCGGCACUGUUUUCAACGGCAACGAGUCUGAGCAGCCUCAGCGUUGUGGACGAUGAAAAGGAAGCGGCACAGCAGGCGGAGCACUACAACGAGGAUGAACUGUUGCUGGCCAACUGCAUCAACAUGGGAAUGCAGCGGAAGCCCACGUCCGCGGAGGCAGAGGAAACCACUCGCAGCUACUGCACCGAAGACACGCCCGCAUUGCUCUCGAAGGUGGGCAGCCACACCAAUCUGUCGGCCAUCUCCGUGAACUCUUGCAACGAGCUAAAGGAUCCCGAUCCGCCCUCCUCCGCUGACGCAGUCUCCUCGAAUACCUCGGACUGUGGCGGAGCAGCAGGGCAGCAUUUGCUGCAGCAAUGCAUACGGGAUGGCAUGCAGAAGCAGCAGACGCAGCAGGAUGAUCCCAUUGCCAUGAUGAGACGUGGAGGAGGCAGCCUGCUGCCGGGGUAUUUGCCCUCCAGCGAUGAAAUGAGCAAAUUUCUGGUAGAGGAUAGUCCCUGCAACUUUUCUGUGGUCUCUGGUCUGUCCAAUCUCACUGUGGGCUCCAGUCUGGUGGGUCCAGCGGUGCAGCUAAAGGAAACAGCAGUGGGUGCCAGCAUGGAACCCAAAGCAUCUGUUGAUCAAUCUUCAUCCCGACCGCCGCAUUGGCAAGAUGAUUCGCUGAGUUCGCUGUCCAUCGACUCCGAGGACGACACCAAUUUGUUGAGUCAGGCUAUUGCCGCUGGCUGCAAUAGACCCAAAUCGAAUCUUGGCUUCAGCUCGAAUGGCAAGCGGUCCAGUUCGUUGAGCUCCUCGCAGCCCAUGGCCAUCAAUGCGGCCACCUCCGCGUGCUCGUUGAACUCUGCAAUGACGGUGCGCAAGAAUCAGCAGGAGUCAUACAGCUCGGUGGACUCCAGCGACUCGAACGACAACCAAUCCAAGUCGCUCUUUGAGCUGUGCAUACUCAAGGGCAUGUACAAGUCCAAGCAGUCACAGUCACAGUCCCAGCAUCAGGCGCCGCCUCCACUGCCUGUGACAUCGCAUCACAAGCAGUUCGAUUCGCUGCCCGUGCAGCUGCCAUCCUCUGGUGGGCAGCAGCAGCAGCAGCAGCUGACAAAGCGACAACGCAGCAGCCAUCAUCACAGCCAUGGCCAUCAUAAUCAUCACCAUCAUAGGGAGAGAGAGCGCGAGAGGAAGGACGAGAAACUGCUGCAGGAGUGCAUCAAUACGGGCAUCUCCAAGAAGAUCAACGCCGUGCCAAAAAACGUCCUGACUACGUCUGCAGCUGUAUUGGAACCGUGUCACCCAAUGGCAGCUACUACAUCAGCAAGUGCCCCCAGCACAGCAGCAGCUCCAGACGUAGAGCAGAAAGCGCACGCCAACAGCAGCUGCAACAACAGCAGCUGCAGCAGCAGCAACAGCACCAGCAGCAGCAUUCCCAGCCCGAACAGCCUGCCAUCGAGCAGUCAUAUCGCCGCCAUCGGCACAGGCAUCGACACAGCAAAAAGCCCAGCUCCAGCUCCAGAUCGAGAGAACGCGAACGGGAACGCUCUCGCGACAGAUAUUGGGUGUAAGCUGGAGCUAGACUCGGAUCGAUCCAGCGACGAGUCAAACCAGUCCUUCAUCAUGGAAACCAUGGUGCGGCUGGACAGUGCGCCACCCAGUGCCAGCUGCAGCUCGGUCUCGGCCAAUGAGAAGCACAAGGAUCCCGAUCUGAUGCUCAAAUCUGUGGAGCGGCUGACCCUGGAGUUUGUCACCUCCGCGGAGCAGCUGAGGAGCCACAGUCACAGCAACAGCAACAGCAAGAAUCAAAACCAAACGAAUACCAACAGUCACAACACGUGGAACGAGAACACCUGCCCGAAUGAUGUCUCCUUUCCCAGCGUUAGCCAAACGGCGCCCGUGCUCCAGGCCUCGCUGAGCUACGACGACGAUGAUGUGGAUGGGGAUGAGGAUGCCACAGAGGCCAAGUCUUUGGUUAACGAAUUGGCAGAGAUUACGCCCACCAACGAGGACCAGCCAUCGCAGCCGCUAUCCCUGGAUGCGGAGACGGAAACGCAAACCCUAAUGAACGGAACUCACUCGAGCAGCUCCUCGGGCGGCGGACUGAACUUUCAGCUGGGUGGGCAAGUGCAGAACGCGGGUCUGACGCCGCGGAGUCUGCUAUUCAAUGGCACCAGCUCCUCCAUGAUGACCAACUCCACGAUAAUUGCUUUUGAGGCGCGUGCCGUGGCCGAGAAUCUGCUGCAGAAUCUUCAAAAUGAAGACGAGGACAACACCGAGCAGACGUUCAGCAUGAACAGCCUGGAUCUGGACAAUGUGCGGCCGCCCUCGGGCAUGGAAUCGCUGAACAGCUGCUACCAGGAUCACUCACAGCCCAGCUCCCUGCGCCUGCAGUUGCCCAGCAAGUCGCCGAGAUUUGCCCGCAAGGCAUUCCCCGCCAAUCUGGUGGCACGGCGGGCCCUCGGCCACCUGGCUGGCAGCGCGGAGAGCGUGAACUCCAGCUGCAAUCUGCUGGACAACAUCAAGCCGCCGUCGCUGAUGGACGAGCUGCUCGACUCGAUGAUUAGCGUGGACAGCAUCCAGUCGGAAGUGGCCGAUGGCGAGCAGGACUGCAGCAUGGCCACCACCAUCUCUGUGUCGAACUACGAGACGGCUGCCUGCGAUGAUCAGUCGUUCACAGUGCUCCAGAGCUGCUACGACGAGGAGGAUGGCGAUGAAGAUGCCACCAUGAAUGACUUUAGCUCGGCCGAGUCCACGCCCAAGCAGGGAUCCACGCCCUCUCCCAAUCGCCGCUCGCUGACACCCAAACAGAAGCGGCGACUGGCCAAGGAUCGCUUCAAGACCUACACCAUUGCCAGCAAGAGCCAAGAGCUGGACGGACUUGGCCUGGGCCUGGAGUUUAAUGAAACCCUGCAGAUUGAAAUUGUGGAGACAACGGCCAAUGUGGCCACGCCAUCGCCACCUCGGGCCAAUGGCAGGCGGAGAGGCAGUGCCGAACGCUACAAGACCCAACUGAUUGAGUGUCCACGUGCGCUCAUCCUGGGGCAGGCCAACGGAGACGAUUGUCCCAGCGAACAGUUGUCCUCCAUUCGCGCCAUGAUGCAGCAGUUCACGUACAUCACGGACAUCAACAUUGGACAGGCCCCAGCGGAAGAGCAGCAGGAGGAUCACCCGGAAUGCGAUCAGAACUCAGAGACAGAGUCGUGUCAUGGCCAGGAGCCGGAGUUGCCGCCUCCGCCGGCAGUGCUGGAUAUUAAAUCACCCAUUGCCGCGCCUCAACCGCCAACCCUGGAGCCUGCCACAGCCGUGAAGGUGGUGCGAGGACGCAAGAAGCCUGCCUACGUGUCGCCCUACAGCAUGCAGAGUCAGCGGAAUAGCAGCAGUGCCGCCAAUCCCAAGAAGAAAACCCUCUCCCCCACCAUUGCCAAGCGGACUGGAUUACCGCCCAAAAAGAAGGCCACACCGCCGCCAGUUGCCACUCCAGCAAAAGCAGCAGAAGCAGCACCCGCUCGCCUGGAACGUCAGGGAACUUUUGUGAAGGACGAGCCGACAAAUAGCAAUGUGCAGGUGCCCGUCGUGGAGGCCAAGCCGGCCAACAGCAGUCCCAGCCAUCGCGUGUCCAAGCUGCCCACAAAAAAGACCGCAGGAGGCGAGACUCCAAAAUCACUCGGCGGAUCUCCGAAACGCACUGUCACAGCUCCAGUUGCUCGACGGGUGACGCCACAGCGUGCCAAUACCAGCCUCCGUCUGGCCGGCACAAAGUCAGCGGGAACAUCGCGAGUGGCCCCCACCCGCGUGUCCACCACAACACCGCCCUCACGCAGCAAUUCCAAUCUGAACGGUAGCAGUGCAGCAGCUGUGGCGGCAGCCAAGAUCAAUCAGGCACAAAGUCGAAUUGCCAACAUCUGGAAGCGCGUGGACGAAGCCAAAACGAAGCAAUCGUCCAAUUUGAGGACACAGCAAACGAAAUCUUCCAAUACGCUCAACGGAGUUGGGCCGGGAACGGUGGCGGGUGCAGGUGGUCCCAAGCCGAAGCCCACGCUGCUGCGCAGCUCCACUUUUGAUAACACGCCCGAGAAGGCGGCAGUUGGCGGCGUCAAGUCCAAGCUACCCGUUGUGGGUGCAAGGAAAUAGAUUCCCAAAAACUCCUUUUAUAUGUAUUUUCACGCAUUUUCGAACACGAACGGAAAACGCACAAGCAGCAGCAGCGCUAGAGUCAGAGUAAAAAUCAAAGAGUUAAUAGGAUAGAAGGCAAUAUACAUAAACAAUACAUAACAUACGAUAACCAUUAUAUAGUAAUUUAUAUAAAGUUAUCCUUCUACUUAAUAUAUAUAUAAAUACGUGUACUUUGUAAGCAACCAGUCUAGCAUAGCGAUAGCGCAAAACUCCUAGUGACUCAAACUAAUCGAAAAUCACAGUCAGAGCAUCCCCACGCCUGUACAGUGGGCGGUGGACUCGGUGUGUAGCCAAAUGUAAUAGAUAUUCAGGCCUUUCAAAUGUGUACAACUCUUCUCCCAUAUAUACAAUAUAUAUACAAAUGCAUAUGUAAUUGCUAUAUACUCGGUAGAUAUUGUUAUUCAAAGCGAGAGGUUAAUUCGGAUUUAGUUUUUACAUUUAGUUGUAAGAGUUACAGCCACAAGGAACGGCAUCGUAUAUCAUUUACGUUGGCUUGUCCCAUUUGUGGAACUCUUUUUAGUAUGCAAAAAAAAACCAAAAAAUAUUUGAGGAAAACAAAAGGAAAAACCAAUUUUGUAGUCACUGCUUUUUAAGUAUUUCUUUUUUAAAAUAGACAGCCACUACCGGGCGUUGAUCUUUUAGCAUAUUAAUUAUAAUUAAUUAAGUAUGUAUCCAGGCAGCAGCAGCUUUUGUAUUAACUAUUUUGUUAUUUUCGACUCAAGGCGAUUAACAAAUUUGAAGAUUAAUAAAACGAAAUGCUUUUCAGCAAA